UGCAGUGUUGGUCAGAGAAGUUGGAGAUCAGUGGGUUUUGUAAAUCAUAUCAAUGGCUGGCAGAGGAAGAGGAAGAGGAAGAGGAAGAGGAAGAAGAAGAGGGAGUAGGUGUGGUGGGGUGAUGCUUGUGGUAGUGUUAGUCGUCUCAUACUUUGUGUGCAACAAUGAGGCUAUCAAUAUCCCUUCCACCAGGAGUAUUGAUUAUUUGAUGCAGAAAUCUCCAGCCCAUGAAACUGCAACAAGGGGAAAUGAUUGUGGGAAAAUAUGUGACGAGAAAUCACGAGAGCGAAGAAAGGAUAUCGAAGUGAACGACUAUGAACGUUCGGGAGCAAACCCACGCCACACACCGCGGCCGAUUCCAGGGAGAGGUUGUACGGACUGCUGACCAUAGCAUUGCUAUAUCUUUGUACGGAUGGUUUUAAUGUAUAUGGUUUUUUAUAGCACCAAACAAAUACUUCGAUCCUAUCUUCUUAAUACAAAUGUUAUUACUCUCUAUA